UGGCGGUGGCGCGCGGGCGCGGCACCCGGAAGUCGGCGGCGGCGGAGGCGACUGGUGACCCUGUGUGAACAAAGCUGCUCUCAGGGACCCAUGUGCAUCAUCUUCUUUAAGUUCGAUCCUCGCCCUGUUUCUAAAAAUGCAUACAGGCUCAUCCUGGCGGCCAACAGGGAUGAAUUUUACCACAGACCAUCCAAGCUAGCUGACUUCUGGGGGAGCAACAAUGAGGUCCUCAGUGGGCUUGACAUGGAGGAAGGCAAGGAAGGAGGCACGUGGCUGGGCAUCAGCACACGGGGGAAGCUGGCCGCACUCACCAACUACCUGCAGCCACGGCAGGACCCAGAUGCCCGGGGCCGAGGUGAACUUGUGACCCACUUUCUGACUACAGACAUGGACAGCUUGUCCUACUUGAAGAAGGUCUCUGCGGAGGGCCAUCUGUACAACGGCUUUAACCUCAUAGCAGCCGACCUGAGCACAGAGAAGGGAGAUGUCAUUUGCUACUAUGGAAACCGGGGGGAGCCCGAGCCAGUCGUCCUGGCACCAGGGACCUAUGGACUAAGCAAUGCGCUGCUGGAGACGCCCUGGAGGAAGCUGUGCUUUGGGAAGCAGCUCUUCCUGGAGGCCGUGGAGCGGAGCCAGGCGCUCCCCAAGGAUGUCCUCAUUGCCCAGCUCCUGCAUGUGCUCAACAAUGAUGAGGCGCAGCUGCCAGACCCGGCCAUUGAGGACCAGGGCAGGGAGUACGUGCAGCCCUUCCUGAGCAAGUAUGCGGCUGUGUGUGUGCGCUGCCCGGGCUAUGGCACCAGAACCAACACGGUCAUCCUCGUGGAUGCGGACGGGCACGUGACCUUCACAGAGCGUAGCAUGCUGGACAAGGACCCCGCCUGCUGGGAGACCAGCACCCACGAGUUCAAGCUGCAGAGCUAACCCCUCUCCCUGGGUGUGGCCAUUGGGCUCCUGGAAGGCCCUGUCUCGAGGACCAGUGUGGAUAGGAACCUUCCGUAGGCACAUGCACUGCCUGUGACUUGGCCAAGCAUCCCCCAGGACCAGGGCCCUCUGGUGUUUCUGUGACCUGUCUGUGUCCACGUGUCCAGCUCAGGGUCUGCCCUUACGCCAGUAGGAGUGACAGAGUCCCACAGCCAGGCCUGGGGCAGGCCUAGGUGUGCUGUGCCCAUGUGAAGGCACCUGGGUCUGCCCCUGUCCAAGCACAGAGGUACAGAGUUGAGGCACAUGCUUCCAUGCACACCUGGAGGUGCAUGGGCACACACACACCAUGCACAGGCAACAGAUAGGUGUACACAUGCUCAAAUGCACACACAACCCCCGGCGUACACACGUAUGCAUGCUAGACAGGCAGAGAUGUGCCGCUCGCAUCUGCAGGUGCUUCUGGCCAGUGGGUCUUUGCUUUGAUCAAAACAACAGGGUGUAGACUUUUGUUUAAAAGUGGCUCCCUUUCUCCUGGGCGUAGUCCACUUCUGGACAGCUAGACUUGCUCUUGGAGAGGAGAGGCCCCAUUUGGAAUGAGAAAUGAGAACAACCCCAGAAAAACUCACUGUCAUAACAGAAGCACAGGCUGGUUGGUGGUCCUUUGUGCUCUGGGGGGUCUCCUGUGUGCAUGGGGUGGUCCUGUGGGGGGAGGGGGGUGGUCCUGCAUGAUGCCCCAGGGGUCCUGUGUAUGCUGGGGCACCUUGGUAGGCUCUCAGGCAACUACCUGCCCAAUGGGGGUCAUGGGUCUUGGGCAGGCCCUCUCAGUGAGGGGACACAGCCAGCCCUUGCUAUUUCCCUUCUCCUUGGGGAGUCAGACUUCAUAGGAAUCUGUACUUGAACGUGAGACCUUAAUAAUAAAACUCGGAGGCUGUGGUGAGUCAGUGCAUUUCAGGUCCUUGUGUGAUGGGGGACAACUGUGCAGGGGGUCAGUAGGGCU